AUGCCUUCCCACGGUCAAUACACUGUUGAAAAGGUCCAGUAUCCUUCACACGGAGAGACUAUCGCCGGGGUCUUAUUUCGUCCCAUCAAUAAUAAUGCCACGAACCCACCCGGUAUCGUUGUCACCGGUCCGUAUUCUUUUAUGAAAGAACAAGCGCCGCUGCAAUACGCGACUCGCCUGGCAGACGAAGGCUACGCAGCCCUAAUCUUCGACCCUCGCACAGUCGGCGAAAGCACCGGCCAGCCCCGACGACUGGAAAAUCCCAAAAUGAAAAACGAGGAUAUGGUCGCCGGGCUUGACUAUCUCUCUGGACGCGGCGACGUCGAUGCAUCUCGGCUCUUCUUAGUCGGCAUCUGUCAGGGCGGCCCUCAAUCCCUGGACGUUGCAUCUUACGACAGCCGGGUUGUGGGCGUUGCCUCGGUCACGGGGUACUAUCGGGAUCACGAAACUGACAUUUAUAUGAUUUGUGCUGGUUGUGUUGCGUGGGAGCCUGGCGUGGAUAUUGCGGCAUUGAAGAUGCCCACCGCCGAACAGGGAGAAGCUCUGUACAAAGCACGAUAUGAGCGAGCCAAACAAGCUCGUGAGCUGUAUGAAAAGACCGGCCAAGUGGUAUACCAGCCGCUGGUUGAUCCAAAAGCCGCAGACCCUAAUACCGGGUCAUUGGCCGGUCUUCCGGGACCAGUCGUUUGGGCUUGGUAUGGCCCAUGGACAAUGAAGGGAUUCGAAAACCGAUACGCAGUAAUGAGCGACCUGGACCACUUUGACUAUACCACCGUCCCUGGUGUGGCGAAGUUAGAGAAGCCGGCGCUGCUGAUCCACGGGGAUAAUUGCAUGAAUGCACCGGCUGCUAAGCGUCACUACGAGUCCAUUCCUACCUCUCAAAAAAAGUUAAUCUGGAAGAACGAGUUCUCUCACUUUCAGCACUACGAGCAGCCGGAUUGUGUUGAUAGCAAUGUGGGGGAGAUUGCAGCUUGGUUUGCGGAGGUCAAAUAG